AUGUCGAGCUAUUUGAAGAGUCAACAGAUCAAACAUGAGUUUCUCGUCGUCAAUCAAACUGAUACUCAUCGAUUCAAUCGUGGUCAACUGAUUAAUGUUGGCUAUUUGGAAUGUGAUCCUUCUUACAUUGACUACAUGGCGAUGCAUGAUGUCGAUCUUCUGCCAUUGAACAGACAAGAGUUGAAGUAUCUCUAUCCGUCUCGGGGUCCAAUUCACAUUGCUUCUCCCAGCUAUCAUCCAUUGUACACGUAUCCGAAAUAUGUCGGUGGUAUUCUGUUGAUAACUCUCCAACAUUUUCGACAAGUGAAUGGAAUGUCAACAGACUACUGGGGUUGGGGUCAAGAAGACGAUAAUUUCUUUGUACGAUUAAGACUGGCUGAGUUGAGCAUUUAUCGCCCAUCGAACUUGACACUGACGAAUCGGACAAAUACAUUUCGACAUUUGCACAAUUCGUCAAGUGACAAAGCUCACAAGCGAGAUAAUGUCAGAUACGGUCUCCAGCGACAACAUAAUCUCAAAUUGCACUUGGAUAAAGGAUUAAAUACAACAAAAUAUGAACUAGUCGAUCGAUAUCAGAUAACUGUGGAUGGCGAUGAAGAUAUCGUUUGUACCGUAUUGAAUGUGAAACUAGAAUGUGAUUUUCAGGAAACACCAUGGUGUGAUCAUCCGUCGUCGAUCAAUGAGAGUAUUAGAGUAGCAUUAUGA